GCUGAAAAAUGUUGGGGAUAGAAAAAUGAAAAAUAAACGACUGUAAGUUACCAAGGAAGUAGCGUGAAAUCUACUUCAGAGGGAGGAGAAGAGGCAAAUCAUCAAAGCUCAUCGUUGAAGUUGUUCAAAGAAGAAGAGAUCCAGGCGUUUAAUGCCGACGGAGGAGUUGUUGUUGUAUUCAGAGAGCGCCGGAGCUAUGGGGUGGGGGUGGUCGAUCUGCGAGGGAGUGGUGGCUGUGACUUCGCUUUGCCUUCUUGGAUGGACGGGGCUAUGGUUCUUGAAUCGAAGGCUCUACAAGGAGUACGAAGAAAAGCAAGUCCUUGUUCAAAUCAUCUUCAGUGUUGUCUUCGCUUUCUCCUGCAAUCUACUUCAGCUCGUUCUCUUCGAGAUCAUUCCUUUUCUUUCCAAAGAGGCGAGAUGGAUAAACUGGAAGGUGGAUUUGUUCUGUCUGAUAUUGCUACUGGUUUUCAUGUUACCUUAUUAUCAUUGUUACUUGAUGCUUUGCAAUAAUGGCGUACGGAAGGAGCGGGCAGCUCUUGGAGCCAUGUUAUUCUUACUGGCCUUUCUUUAUGCAUUUUGGCGAAUGGGCGUUCAUUUUCCAAUGCCUUCUCCUGAUAAAGGCUUCUUUACCAUGCCGCAAUUGGUCAGCAGAAUAGGGGUGAUUGGGGUCACUGUGAUGUCUGUGCUAUCUGGUUUUGGAGCUGUAAAUUUGCCUUAUAGUUAUUUGUCUCUCUUCAUCAGAGAGAUCGAGGAAACUGAAAUUAAGGCAUUGGAAAGACAACUAAUGCAAUCCAUCGAGACUUGUAUUGCAAAGAAAAAGAAAAUUAUUCUUUCACAAAUGGAGAUGGAGCGGGUUCUUGUCUCGGAGGAGAAUUCCAAGUCUAGAUCUUUCUUCAAGCGGCUAGUUGGUACUGUUGUUCGGUCAGUACAAGAGGACCAAAAAGAGCAAGAUAUUAAAAACAUGGAAGCAGAAGUACAAGCUUUGGAGGAGCUAUCAAAGCAGUUAUUCCUGGAAAUCUAUGAACUUCGUCAAGCUAAGGAGGCUGCAACUUAUUCACGUACCUGGAGAGGUCAUGCACAAAAUCUUCUCGGCUAUGCAUGUUCUAUCUACUGUGUGUAUAAAAUGAUUAAGUCUUUGCAAAGUGUUGUUUUCAAGGAGGCUGGCUCAGUUGAUCCUGUGACAAUGACGAUUAGCAUAUUCUUCCAAUACUUUGACAUCGGGAUCAAUGCUGCAUUAUUGUCUCAGUAUAUAUCCCUGCUAUUCAUUGGCAUGUUGGUCGUAAUAUCUGUACGAGGUUUCUUGACCAAUCUAAUGAAGUUCUUUUUUGCAGUUUCUAGAGUCGGGAGUGGAUCUUCGAGCAAUGUUGUUCUUUUUCUCUCUGAAAUUAUGGGAAUGUAUUUUGUCUCCUCUAUCCUUUUGAUAAGAAAAAGCCUGGCAACAGAGUACAGAUUGAUCAUAACAGAUGUACUAGGUGGAGAUAUUCAGUUUGACUUUUAUCACAGAUGGUUUGAUGCGAUCUUCGUGGCCAGCGCGUUUCUUUCUUUACUUUUGUUAUCUGCACAUUAUACAUCACGGCAAGCUGACAAACACCCAAUAGAUUAACCCAAAUAAGUGCUUUGUGUGUGCCAUAUGGUUGAUGUCAAAGUAUUAGUUACUUAAAGAACUAUCAUUUAAAGGAUUACAUCUUUCCAACCCGAUGCAGGUCGAGAUUACCGAGUAGCUUGGAGAACACAAUUGAAGGCUAUGGAACACCUCGAGAUUGGACUAUAUCAGUUAGGCUGGUUUCUGGCCUUGUCUGGAUGCAUUGAGUGCAGUAAUAACGAAGAACAUCGGCAUUGUGAUCUUGGGAUGGAUGAAUUCUUUUGUGUUCAACCUCAUGUACAGAAAAAUGUCUUACUGACUGACGGUAUCGAACUUUUUUCAUCUGUAGUAGGUCAGUAUUUGAUUUUAUUGGUUAUGUUUCUAUAUAUCAUUUUCUCAAAUUAUGUCAAGCAGUGAAAUGAUGAGUUUAUUAUAUCUGUGCUUAGUAUUUUUUGAGCUGUGAUGAUCUGUAAUGAUCUGUAAUGAUCUGUAAUGGGAUAGCUCUUUUCAUAGAAAGGUCUAGCAACUCUUGGGUGUGUUCUGUUCUCCAUAACUCCUUUGAGAUUAAGCUCCAGAUGUUCUGAUGCUUCACUCUAUUUCAAUCUGUUAUAAAGAACUUAGGAGGAAGCUAGGUAUCUAGGCCAUUAAGAGAAAGAUUGGCAUGCUCUGUUAAAACGGGAUACCUUGAAGCUA